AUCAACCCAUCCCUUCCUCCUCUUCCAUCAACUCGAGAUUGAGGAUCCUUUUUUCCCCUUCUUUCUUUAUAUCAAAACUAAACACUCUCAUAUUAAAUCACCUUUUUGUAAUCAUCCAUCAUGAUUUCUGAAACGGCCAUGUCGCUCAUGCGGCGCGAUAACAUGCCCAAGCCAAAUCUUGGCCAUGAGAUUAACCAGCUUCCCGACUGGUCUUUCUACGUCUUUUUGGCCAACUUCAUUCUCUUUUUCCCAGUCCUUCUCCUUUGCUCGUACACCUUUGAAAAGGUCUUCCCCGUCCUCGCCAUCGUCGAAGAUGAGAAGCCUCCCGCUUACGCACCUCUCGCCGUCGAGUCUAUCGCCAACGACGACAUCACCAAGCCUUCUGGUGUUCCCUCUGCUCCUGCUGCCGCCGGCCAUGGCAAGCCUAUUACCUCGUCUUUCCGCGCUACAUUCAGCCUCCUUCGAUCUACUGGUGGCUUCCGUGCCAUGUAUCGCGGCUACUUGAUGCAUGCUCUCCAGGCCCUCGCUCUCGGACUCAUCAUGUCGGCGCUUUCUCACGUCACUCCUUACUCCUUCGCUGUCGCCCACCUGAUCAGCUCUCUCAUCUGCGUCCAGCUUAGCACCGCCUGGGUCCACAUCGUCAUUACACCCGAGUCCCAGGAUCCAUGGUACCGCCGAAUUCCUGCGUUCAAGACCACCUUCCUCGCCACCUGGAGGCCUAUCGUCAUCUGGUGGGCUGCUUCUCAAGUCGUCACCCUCGGCGGAAUCACCACAGUCUACGCCAUGGGCACCGACAGCCAAGGAAUGCCUGAGUUUGAUGGUAGCGAAAGCGGCGUUUGGGGCAUCAUGAUCCUGGCUCUGUUCCUCCAGGUCGCCAUCCAGAUUCCUGCCUAUGUUGUUCUCGUUCGCGUUCAGGCCUCUCUCCUUCCCGCCGAGGCCGACACCAUCAUUCCCUUCGACCGUUCAUUCAAUGGCCGCAUCGAGCCCGUCGUUGUCGGCGGUCGGGGCUACGCUACCGUUCGUGACGCUUGGUCCAGCUUCUCCAAGUCUGCCUGGAAGCGUAUUGUUAUGCUCGAAAUCAAGAUCAUCGCUGUCACUGUUGCGUCCUUCUUUGCCCUAAUGGUUGUUGUAAUUCCCCAAAUCAUCCUCCUGGCCACCCUGAGUGCCUCAACUGGAGACAACCCUGGCAACGGGGACAUGGGGAUGUAAACCAACAGCAACUGCCACGAACUUCCAAACGGAAGUACUAUCUUGGAUAUUCACAAUAGUUCGUUAGUCAAAGUACAUCACUAGAACAAACUGUCAAGGAUUUGAUACACACAUCCCGCUCGGUUAUCCAGCUUUUUUUUCCUUUUUUUCUUUUUAACAAGUGAGGUGAAGCAUAGAUUGUUAGAAGCUCAAUUCAUCGACUCUCUUUAACUUCGUUGCCUUAACUACGUGAUCGUGACAAGACUUAUGCAAGUUUCCUCCACUACAGCUGAACUCUCUUCUCAUCCCAUCUCUCGCGCCCAAUGCACCAGCCCUAUAAGUAUGCCCGACCGUUCAUUCAUAGCCCUGACGCGAUGCCUAUCGUAAAUCCAAAUCAUCGUAGCCGCCCCACCCCUCUAUCGCCUUCUUAUAGAAUCAGAAACAAAACAGAAAUCGGGGACAAGUAGAAAGUAACAGCAUGGGAGAAACAAAUGCGUGGAAAGUGAAAGGCUUUGUUGAACAAACGGGGCGCAUCGUUGAAUUUGGGGAGAAGGGGGGGUAUGAACGAGGGGGUGCGUGAAUAUGUGUGUCUAACAGAAUCUGCUCGCAACGCCGUGCCCAAAAGCAAAAAAGCAGCGAGCUCUUUUUUCUUUAUUUAUCUUUCCCUCAUUACGUCUAUGACUUGGCGAAGAACCAACUGGCGCGCUUGCUGCUGCUACCGCUGCUGAUGUUUCCCUCGUUUUGGCCCUGUAGGUUCUGGAUCGUAGGAAUGCUGGGGGCAGCGUCGU